UUAUUCAACUAAUAAUUUUUUUUUUUUAAGGUGAAGUGAACAAGGCCAUAGUGUACAAAUAUCCAAUGUCAAAGUUUAAUAAAGUCGGAAAUUAGAUUAGUCACUAAAAAUAAGCCUAAACCUACCUGCCUUGUUUGAAAACAAAAAAAAUAAAAAUAAAAAUAAUCUUACCCAACACAGUGUCUAAAAAACUAAUUAAGCACUUUCUUAGAAGUUUCCCUAAAGUUAAUCCCCCUAAUCACUAUCUAUAUAAAACAUCAUUUCCGAUAAGUUCAAACUCUAUUAAUCUAGCAACAAAAUUACAAAACCCCACAAUCUUAAUCUUCAUAAAAUAGCAUGGAAAAUAUAAAGUUGUUGGGAGUUUGGUCAAGCCCAUUUAGUUGCAGAGUUAUUUGGGCACUAAACUUAAAAGGCAUAAAAUAUGAUUAUGUUGAAGAAGAUCUUACUAAUAAAAGUUCAUUACUUCUACAAUAUAAUCCAGUUCAUAAGAAAAUCCCAGUUUUGGUUCACAAUGAAAAACCAAUUUGUGAAUCUUUAGUUAUCCUUGAAUAUAUUGAAGAGAUGUGGCCCCAUCGUUAUCCAUUGUUGCCCAAGGAGCCGUAUGAAAGAGCCUUGGUUAGAUUUUGGGCCAAAUUUGCUGAAGGAAAGGGCAUAGCUUUUUGGAUGUUUGCACAAACCACAGGAGAAGAGCAAGCCAAGGCUAAAAAAGAUGGCUUGGAAAUGCUAAAAACUUUAGAAGAGCAUGGUAAUCUAGGAAACAAUACUUUUUUUGGAGGUGAAGAAAUUGGAAUUGUAGAUUUGGCAUUUGGGAGUUUAAUAUAUUGGUUACAAGUUAUUGAGCAAAUUGUGGGAGUUCAGAUAUUUGAAGCCAACAUUUUCCCUUGCUUAUAUAAAUGGUUCAACAAUUUCAAAGAUGUUCCAAUGAUCAAGAACAAUGUCCCUGAUCAGAAUCAACUGUAUUUACACUUCAAGAAGUAUAGAGACAGACAGAUGGAAGCUACAUCUGUGUGAGAAUUUAUAUUCUGAGAUCGAUCUAGUUUGAGAUUUUGUUUAUUUCCUUGUAAUCAAGUAAGAAGGGCAGGGAAUACGGCAUCCCAUCUCGUGGCAAAAGUGUUAUACAACGUACGAAUAUGUAAUAUGAACUCCAAAAGUUUUUUCUAA